UUAUUUUUUAACAUACAACAAAGAAUCUUUCGUCUUAUAACAUUUAAAUUUCAUUCAUUUUAGGAUCUUAUUAUAUUAAUUGCUGUACCUAGGCCACAUGGAAACGUUACACUUACCCUUAAUAGAUUUGUCAGAACAAGAUACAAGAUUUCUCAGUAUGGAGGUGGUCAAUUCUUGUAAAGAAUGGGGGUUCUUUUUGGUGAAAAACCACGGAAUUGAUAUGGAACAAAUGGAGGGCGUUUUCAAAAUCAGCGAUGAGUUUUUUAGUUUACCAAUUGAGGAAAAGGAAAAAUUCAAGUAUAAAGGAGGAGAAUUACAAGCAGGAUAUUCAAAACGUAUGGGUGAAAAGCUGUAUUCAGAUGAUUCAUCUACUGGAGCCACGAAGGAGUAUUAUGACCUGUCAAGAUUUCCUCACUCAAAUCCACAAGUUAUUAGCCCACCCAUCCGUAAAUUCUUACCAGAAAUGACAUUAUUUCAGAAACAAUGCUAUAAUCUUUCGCUGAAACUUCUUGAUCUAAUCGCUCUUGGAUUUCAACUACCAAGUGAUUUCUUCAGCAAAUAUCACAGUUCUACUGAGGAUUUUAUUCGUCUCAUAAAGUACAGUGUUCCUGAUGGAAUUGAACACAAAAAGGACGAUGUGGAUACUAAUUGUCACUUUAAUUAUGGAACAAUUACCCUACUUUUUCAAAGAAAACAUGGAUUUUUACAAAUCAAACCUCCGGAAGUGGAUACUAUACCUGAUUGGGUCAGGGUUACGAUUAAUAAGGAUGUUAUUUCAGUGAAUAUUGCAGAUAUGUUACCUUUUAUAACUAAUGGUAAGCUUAAAAGCAGCAUUCAUCAGAUAAAGCUGGAUCCCCAAAUGAGAUCAGGACAGUUAAUUGCUUAUUCUGCAAUACCUGACUUGGAUUAUCCUAUUCAGAUCGACAAGGACACAAAGACUACCGUGCGUGAAUAUAAAGAAAAAAGGUUGAACAACAGUAAAUGUUAGGAUGAUGUACCUUUCAAUCAAAAAAAAAGCUACGAUUAUUGCUAGUCAUUCAUAGUUUACGAUAUUAAUCUACAGCACUGAUCAAACCCCUUGAUGUUUGGGAAUGAAAUUAUAUUUCCUUUGUCUCAUCAUCUUCUUUAUUUAUAGAGAGUCGCUGUUUAUAUAUCAUCUUGAAAAGAUUUACACGACUUACAAAAAUUCACUGUUAACUUAAAAAAGCAUCGCUUGAGUUAUGAUAACAGAAGCUUAGACUACCAAAAAAAAGAAUCAAUGAAUUUUCGUUAUGGGUG